UAGCUUAAUAUAGGAGUUUAAUAUGCAUCAAACACGUAAGUUUGAACAUUGAACUUGUUCAGCUGGUCAAACUAAUAUUUUACAUUCAAUGUUUAGACAAGAGUUAAAAAUUGUAGGAAAUAUUUACGGAGUAAUAAUUGAUCAUACAAAAGAAAUUCUAUAUAACUAGCUAAAGGAGUUAUCAGUCCCGUGCUAAAAGAUAAAGAACAUUUUAGAAGAAGAAAGAAAGAAAGAAAGAAAGAGAAAUAUGGUUCUGUUAGACCAACUAUGGGAUGAUGUUUUUGGCGGUCCUAACCCUGAAAGAGGCCUUGGUAAACUCAGGAAGCUCUCAACCGGGGAAGGAAGCAGUGGUAAGUAUUUUCAAAGGUCGAUCUCCAUGCCUUUAGGAAGGAAUGAUAGUACUCCAGGAACGCCAACAACACCAGGAACACCAACAACACCUAAUAGGACCAAAGAGAACGUUUGGAAGAGUGUUUUUCACCCUGGUGGUAACCUUACUAAUAAUAGCAAAUUCAUUGGCGGUGAAAUGUUUGAUAAGCCUCAUCCCAACACUCCUAGUGUUUAUGACUGGCUUUACAGUGAUGACACAAGGAGCAAGCGUCAUCGUUGAUUAGAAGACUUGGGAGUUAAUUGGUAUCAUCUGAGUGAGCGAGACGGAUGCAUAUGUACAUACUAAUGUUUAGUUUAGUUUUCUCAUGAACAGUUUCACGCGUACGUGGCUGGAAGUUGUUCUUUUUAUUUCGUAUUCAUAAAGUGGUCGUCUGUUUUGUGUUCCUGGAGUAGUAGUUGUGUUCGAUCCAUUGUCUGUUGUGUAAAUUUUGAUGGAUCUGGAAUGGUGUACUGCUUUGUUGUUUUAAUCGAAUAAAGUGAUCGUUAGCUAAUUA